AUGGCGCUGGCGGACGACCCCCCGGAGGUGUGGGUGGUGGACGUGGGGCGCGACCGCGAGGCCACCAAGGACGCGCUCGUCACGGCCGUCAAUGACGCCACGGCCGUCAUUUAUCGCGUGCUGCUGCGGCUCGUCACCACCGGCGCCUCGCCGGUUGGCGCAGGGCAUGCAGCGGGAGGCGGAGCAGGGGGAGCGGGCGGCGCGGGAGGGGGCGAGGGUGAGAAGGGCGCAGUGGGCGAGGAAGAGCGGGACUCACCGCAUGCGAUGCUGCUGCCGUACAAAGAGUUCGCGGAGAAGAUGGACGUACCAGACAUGCUCAUUUUCAGUAGAUCCCUCACCCCCUUACGCACAUCGCCCCUUCCUCGUCUCCUCCACCCUCCAUAUUGCCCCCUCCUCAUUCUCGCACCCCUGUUUUGCUCCCUCCUGGUGGCGGCGGACACGUUCGUGGCCCCCACGGACAAGCGCGAGAGGGCGCUGUGCCACGCCGUGCUCGCAGGGGAGGCCUCGCGCCUCUACAUCGGCCAGCGCAAGAAGCUGUUCAGCAAGAGUUCAAACCUACCAGCAUACUGUGCGAAGCACCUGCCAUACACGUGCGACAUCAUAGUGGUGCAGGCCGGCCGCAAGGUCAAGCACUUGCAGGGCGUGCUCUCACCCGACGCCCUCGCCCCACCCGCCCCUAGAGGCUCUGCUGCUCCCGUUCCUGCGCCUGCUUCCGCUUCCGCUUCUGCCUCCCCCUCUGCGUCCCCUGCUACUGCCAAGGCAGGAGGCGUGAGCGCGCUUCUAAGCCGCUCUGCAUCGUCCCGCUCUCCCUCCUGCAGCCCACCUCUCUCCCCGUCCGCUUCUGGCCCCUCCCCCACACAGCCGCGCAUGCAGAGAGGGAGGAGCCUGGGCCGUGGCACGCUAGGGGCAGGGCCUAGACUCGCAGAGGGGGAGGUGGGGGGGCUGGCGCAGGUGGAAGAAGGGCAUGAGGGGCGAGGGGCAGCAGGGGGGCGGGACGGGCGGGAAGGUAUGGCACAGCUGUUGAACGAGAGUAAUGUUCCUCACGGCAAGCAGGCAGCGCGUCUGGAUACCGCUGCUGCCUCUCCUGCUGCUGCUGCCGCUGCUGCUGCGGCAGCAGGCAUGGUGGUAGGUCCGUCAGCGGAUUCCGGGGCAGCAGCGGCAGCAGCGGCAGCAGCGGCAGCAGGGGCAGCAGGGGCAGCAGGGGCAGCAGGGGCGUCAGGGGCAGCAGGGGCAGCAGGGGCGUCAGGGGCAGGCGGCACAAGAGGGGUUCCGCCCCAGGCGUUGGACCUGAGGCACCUCGUGCUGGCGCGCAAAGAACUGGCCGCCCUGGCGUUCGCUCAGGCCGCCGCCACCACAGGGGGGGACGCUGGGGACGCAGGGGGCGGGGGAGGGCGACGGGGAGGAGGAGGAGGAGGGGGAGGAGGAGGAGGAGGAGGAGGAGGAGGAGGAGGAGGAGGAGGAGGAGGAGGAGGAGGAGGAGGAGGAGGAGGAGGAGGAGGAGGAGGAGGAGGAGGAGGAGGAGGAGGGUCCAGCAUUGGAUGGGAGAGCCCGGGGCCUAGUGGGGGGCAGCAGCAGGGCUUCUCUUCUGCCACAAGCUCGGCAGUGAAUUCCCCACGGCUCAAGCGUGCUCUUUCUGCUAGUUACUCCUCUGCCGCGUCCUCUGGUCUCACCCCAGGCCUCACCCCCGGCACAGGGUCUCCCGCCAUGGGCUCUCCUGGCAUAGCCAUGGGCGUCUUUGGGUUUGCGUCUCCGUCUCCUGGCAGCAGCCUUCUGAAUAGCCCUUCUGUGCCCUCGCCGCUUGCGCGGGCUGCUGCUGCUGGUGGCUUUGCUGGUGUGCCUCCUGCCGGGUUCCACUGGGGCUUGCAGGUAGCACUGCAACAGCAGCAGCAGCAGCAGUUGCAUCGGCUGAGCAAUGUGGGUGCUGCUGCUGCUGUUGCUGCUGCUGCUGCGGCUGGUGGAGAUGCAGCAGCAAUGGAAGGAGUGGAUGAGGAGUGGAGCAGCGGGAGGAGCAGCGGCAGGAGCAGUGUGGGAGCAGGGAUGGGUAGGGAGGAGUUGAGGUCGGUGGCUGGUGGUGACACAGGCGGUAUGCUUGGAGGGGAGGUGGCUCCAUUUGAGGUGCAGGGUGUGGGCGAGGGGCAAGGGGAGAAGGGGGGUAGCCACACAGCCGCGCACCUCCCCCCACACUCUCUCCCCCCGUCCCUCCCACCGCCACCACACCAGCCCCCAUAUCCGAUCCCCUUCUCCCCAUCCUUUCCAUUCUCCAUGCAGCACUCGCUCUCUCUCCCAGCGUCCGUCCCCACGUCCCUGCCAUCCAUGGGCGUGCCAGGAGGCGCGAGGGAGCGAGCAGAGGUGCAGGUACUACUGGUGGAGCUGGCACGCAUGCAGCAGCAGGCGCGGUCCGCACAGGAGGCAGCAGAGAGAGCGGAUCGCGAGGCAAGGGAGGCGAGGGAGGAGGCUCGGAGGGCUGCGGAGAGUGCGGCUGCGGAGGCGGAGAGGAGAAUGAAAGCUGAGAUGGAACGAGAGGUGGCGAAGAGGAAGGCGGAUGAGGAGUCGAAGCGAGCCGCAGCAGCAGAAGCAGAGGCAGAGCGCGUGCGGCACGAGGCAACCGAGCUGGCAGCAGCAGCCUCCGCCACUCUCGCCAAAGCACAGGAGCAGUACGCACUCAGCCGACAAGUGCAGCAGCAGCAGCAGCUACAACAGCAGCAGCAGCUACAGCAGGAGUUCAGAGAGUACAGCAUUGAGGAGCUGGCGCGUGCGUGCGACAUGUGGGACGAGGAGAACCUGGUGGGCGAGGGCGGGUACGGCACGGUGUAUCGCGGCAUGCUGGAGCACUGCCCUGUGGCCGUCAAGUGCCUCAAGACCGCCAACAGCAACCAGGCUCUGAAAGAGUUCAAGAAGGAGAUGGACGUGCAGAGGGGGCUGCGGCAUCCGACGGUGGUGCUGCUGAUAGGGUGCUGCCACGACCCGCCGUGCCUGGUGUACGAGCUCAUGCCGUGCGGGUCGCUGUACGACCGCCUCGUGUGCGACCAGGGCUCGCCCCCCCUGCCCUGGAACCACCGCUUCAACAUCUUUGAAGACACCUGCAAGGCUCUCAUUCACCUGCACAACCGCCACCCCGCCAUCGUGCAUCUGGACCUGAAGCCAGCAAACAUCCUCUUAGACGGCAACAUGCGGGCAAAGCUCGGCGACGUAGGUCUAGCGCGCUUCAUGGUGGGCAUGGACAGCGGCAAGAGCUUCAUACAGCAGUCCGUGGCCGUGGGCACGUUCGGCUACGUGGACCCGCACUUCCUGCGCACGGGCCAGUUCAGCCGCGAGUCCGACAUCUACUCCCUCGGCAUGGUUCUCCUCGACAUGCUCCGCGGGAUCGACACCUCUAAGAAGCCUGCUGGAGGAGGAGGAGGGGGAGCAGGGGGAGCGGCGCGGCGGCACGUGGGGGACCGGGUGGCGGCGUUGGAGGGGCUGGAAGCAUGUGUGGCGGCGGGGGAUGUGGAGCGGUUGCAGGGGUUGCUGGAUCCGACGGCUGGCACGUGGCCGCCGGGGAUUGCGAUGCGGCUGGUGGAGAUCGCGCGGCGGUGCGCGGCGUUCAAGCGCAAGGAGCGCCCGGAGCUGUCGCGAGACGUGAUGGCCAUGCUGGCGGAGAUGAAACCCGCUGUCAUGCGCGCCGCCAAGCAGCAGCGCGACCUGGGUCUGCUCAAGGAUGACUCCUGGGGUGGCGGCAGCGGUGGUGGUGGUGGGGGUGGUGGGAUGGGGGUGCAUGGGCGAGGCGGGGGCGGUGCGGUGGGGAGUGCGACGACGCGGUCGGGCGUGCAGGUGCCUGAUGGGUUCCGAUGCCCCAUUACCAUGGUGAGACGGGAGGGGGGAUGGGAUGGCAUGAUGAUGGUGGUGAUGAUGCUUGUGCAAGGGGGACCUAAUGCCGCUGAGCUGAUGCAGUGGCCAGUAAUAGCAGGGGAUGGGCACACGUACGAGCGAGCGGCCAUGCAGCAGUGGCUGCAGCAGCACUCUGUGUCCCCGCGCACGGGGCGGGCCUUACCGCACACGCACCUGCAGGACAACCUGCUCGUGCGCUCCCUCAUUGCCGACUGGGUCGCCUGCCAUGGCGGCCUGCUGCUCCGGUCGGAGGUGCUUGAGGAGGGCUGCUCAGAAGGUCCCUCGGAGGAAGGUGGUGAGGCAGAGGCAUACGCAGAGGGCGAGGGGGACGAGGAAGGGGCGCAGGACUGGGCGUCAUACGUGGAGGAGCUGGGGGAGAGUCUCCUGCCUCUGGGUAUUCACAGUGAAGUGUGUGUCCCGGGCGAUGGCGGCAGUGUGCCAGGAACGGACGGUGAGGAUGGGCUCCCUGCGGUCGGUGCGCCUGCGGGGCACAAGUCGAGGCGCGCCAAUCACAAUUACUACAAUCACAGAAACCCGCGACUCUCGCUUGGGUGCGCGCAAAACGGCAACACACCCGCCAUGUCGGCGGCACCAGGGCACGCGCACACGCGUGUGACGACGGGCGAGGAGGGCGAGGAGCUAGACCCCAUGGUGGAGCAGUUACAGGACUGCAGCCGCCUCUACGUCCGCCUCGAGAACUGCCUUGUGGAGCACGACAGGGACUGGAGGAAAUGCCAGGAAGCUAGAACCAGCCUCGCUCGCAUACCCUAA